CAGGCAUCAGCACUACCUUUCAGUUCAGCAGUUCAGGUGGGGACUCAGACUAAGUACUACAUUGUUUAUAAUUACGCUACCAUGUCCGAGGUAUGUAUUUUCAGUAUCCGCUCGGAAUGGUCGUCGGUCCAUUCUGGGUUCUAGUGGCCCUAGUGUUCCCACUAGAGUGUGCACAUGGUGUCCGGUUCGCCGGCAGAUGUUCAGUUCAGAUGUGACUUAUGUCACUACGUGGCUUCGGUCACGAGAUCAGUUAUCA